AUGAGGGAACGUCACUUUGUGUAUAGGGAGUCUAUACGAUUCUUUAUGAUAACCAAGCAACUGCACGAUUUAUUAGAUGAAUGCAACGAAAUUCAAAAGGAGGCGAUCGAUUUGUUACUCAGCAUAAAUAAUGGAAAAAUACACCCCAUAUUGAUUAACCCUCAACAGCUGCAGUUGGAAAUCACUAAAAUUCGAGAAUUAAUUCCUGACAAAUUUAUUCUGCCCGGAAAAAAUAGUGGAACUGAGUUAAAAGAAAUCUGGCAUCUUUUAACAGGCACUGGAUUAUUUGUGGGAAGCCAACUGGUGAUCGAUCUGAAAAUACCGCUUUUCAAUCGACAGUCAUCGCAAAUCUAUAAAAUAGUACCAGUACCAUUUAUUCAAGAUGGUGUGGCCUUGAUGGCCAAAAUAAAAUCACCUUAUAUAGUCUAUAACUAUGAAAUAGACUCAUUUCAUUUCUUGACCGAUGCAGUGCUCAACGAGUGUAAACGCACUUUAAGUCAGGAAUUAGUAUGUGAAGAAAAUUUCCCAUGGAUAGAUGCCGCCAAAAACGAAUGCGAAUUAUCACCAUUGAAGCCACAUACAAUUUUCAAUUGUAAAUACGAGGAAAUUGAGAAACUACCUUUCUGGAUUGAGCUUCACAUAAAAGGUAAUUGGCUAUUCAAGACAUUUAAAGAGACAUCAGCACACAUAAAGUGUUCCAAUCAGCAGCAAAUGAUACUAGAAUUGCCGCGGCAAGGCAUUCUAACUUUAUAUGAAGAUUGUACUGCACGUAUUGAUGACGUAACAUUGGUAGCAGUACACAAGAUGAAGGAUAGGUUAAGCAGUAAAUUUCAAUCAUUCUUGACGAGAGAUGCCAACGUAGACAAAGAUAAUUUCAUAAAACCACUGGGUAACGUUCUUGUGAAUCACGACCAAGAAAUUUCUAAAUUGAAGACACACGUAGAAGAGCUGAAAAAGCAGAACAUCAAGCUGAGAGAUGUAUCAUUUCAUCAGAGAUGUAUCAUUUCAUCACUGUGUUAA